ACUACAGAAAAGAGGAUGAAAACUGCUACAAGGGGAAAACAGAGCACAGGAGCCAAAAUACAAGAGACCAGAGCAGACUAUGAGAGCCUCCAAAGCCAGCCUGGAUUGUGCCUAUGGAACAACAGAAGAAGAAACAAUAAGAAGUUGCUAAUUAAAAAAACUAGCUUCAUUAAGGUGUUAUUUAUGUUAUUAAGGCUUCAGCAGCACAGGGCUCACGCCCGCAGGGGCCGGAGAGCGAGGCGACACCUCCACACCCCGAAUACAACCACUAACAAAGCGACCAACCAAAAAAAAACCACCAAAACCCCCACAUUUUUGACGUUGGACAAAACACGUGGCUGCGGCGUGCCCGGAGGCGCAGGGUCGGGUGAGGGGUUACUGAUCGCAGUUAUAGCGUUAUCCUGGCACGGGACAGCGGCGAAACCCGUGGAUCAUCCCGUGGAUCACCGCUCGGACCCCCAAUCCAGGUACCACACGGCCCGAUCCCCCAGAGGGCAGGGCGGGACGCCGGACCUACCUCCCGUCCGCCGCUUCCGCCUGCGCCCCGGCAGCAAAUCUGUGCCACGUCCGCCCCCUUCGUCCCGCCUCCCGCCGGCUACUCCGAUCAAUCGCAGCGCCUUCUUCCUCCAUCAGCCAAUGGCGGUGGCGGCCCCGUCCCCGUGCUGUGAGGACGCGCUGUGCGUUCCGCCCUGCGAGCGGGGCCGGAAGGUGGUGGAGCGGAGCGGCGCUAUGUCUGCCAUCUUCAACUUCCAGAGUUUGCUGACUGUCAUCUUGCUGCUCAUAUGUACCUGUGCCUAUAUCAGAUCCUUGGCUCCCAGCUUACUGGACAAAAAUAAAACUGGACUGUUGGGGAUAUUCUGGAAGUGCGCCAGGAUUGGUGAGCGGAAGAGCCCCUACGUAGCUGUGUGCUGUGUCGUGAUGGCCUUCAGCAUCCUCUUCAUGCAGUAGCAGCUGGAGAGUGUCCCCUGCUGCCAAACAGCACGGUGUGGGAGAGCUCCUGGCAGGAGAAGAUGGGAAAGUGUCACCAAGUCUCCUCCCACAUGAUGUACCCCCCAUCUUCUGGUGGACACCCCCUGAAACACACCAAACAUCACAGUAUUAGUGAUCACAACCCAGACGACAUGUGCUUGUUAAUGUUGAGUCAGCACUGAUGUAACUCUUGAAAGGGUGUCUCUUCUAACCAUAGCAAUAAAGUCACCCUUGGAAGAAUAAAGAACAUUGUGAUUUUA